CAGCUACGUAACCAUCGCGUACACCUUUCUCGACAUCAGUGCUACGUCAUCGCUCACAGUCCAUAUCAACCCACCUUUUCCGCGCUCUACAUCUCAUUUCAACAUCAUCAUCACCAUCAUCAUACACACAGACUAACUGCACAAAGAGCCCAAGUGUACAAUAUCACGAGCGCAAGACUAUGUCCUCUCGCCGCACCACUUUACCCACGCGGCCCCUGCCGCGGAUCUCCGCCGGCACGGCGUUCCUAUACGGCUGCACGGCGGGCGUCAUCGGCGUAUUCGCCAUGACGGCGUCCGAGAAGACGGAGCAGUCGCUGAUCACGAACCGUGCGAACUCGUACGUCCCCGGCUGGACACUCGUACGGCUGCUCGGCAUCGAUCCGUCGCCCGAUAGCAUGUGGAAUUGGAAUAUGGCUAUGCACUACGGUCAGGGUGCUAUUGCGGGCGGCAUCAGAGGCGUUAUGGCGCUCUAUGGCGUUAGGGGGCCGUUUGCGGAUUUUAUGUUUACGGGGUUGAGGUUGGCAAUCGACCAGACGCUGGAGAAUUGGACGGGUGUUGGGGCGCUGCCUUGGACCUGGCCCGUCGCAGAGCAAAUCGUCGAUGUGCUCCAUAAAUCCGUGUUUGCGUUCGUCACUGGAUACAUCGCGGACAUGUGGAUUCAGUGAUCAGGAUAGUCUGCGGACAGGUAGACUCAGUGAUCAAAAGAUAGGGGGGUGUACCCUAUGUACCUAUCUACUAUUCUUGUAUCAUACGUACAUGAUCAGUCCCUGUUCAAUCAUGAUUUCUCGCUCUCACUCUCUAUCCCGCCACAAUAAACGAUUAGUUAUCUAGCCCACCAAUCGAUCUGGCCAUGGAAAUCGCACGAACGUGGCGUGAUUCUUCUCUUUCCCGGUUUAGUUUCACCGUCUCAGUGCUCACCAAUGCUCACCAGUGACCAGUGACCAAAAUCCCGCAGCCGAGAAUACGGUACCUACUUAGGGACGUCAGACCUACAGACCUAUGCACGGUACCUGCCUCCCAUACCUACCGUACCAUGUGAGUGCUCUCAUUAUGACACUAUAUAGUAUGCGUGUGCCUUCGUACCCUUACCGACCGUUAAGUUUAUUUCGCGCGUUUACACCGGCGCCGGGG